GUAAGAGCCCGGGGGCUGAGCUUUCGACGCGAGCGCUGGCAAGAAGUUAGUUCCUGCUCUACACUGGCCGUUUCCUGUAAUCGUACAGUGUUGUGAGACGGAGAAAGCCAUGUGUGUCGAUGCAAAGGGCAUCAGUACACACAUUCAUUGAUGGACGUUUUUGUAUUUACUCCAACCAGCAAAGUAAAAAGUAACUCCAGAGAGUAGGAGAGGACAGAGGGGAAGAAGAGAGAGACCAUUUUAAUGCACUGUAAUUUGGAUGUAAGCAUAUCUGCAGACUCUUUGGACUUGUUGGAUGUUUGUGUACCAACACUGGAUAUCACUUAUUGUUUGCUCUCUUUCACAAACUGUUUGACAAGAUGGCAGAUCCUAUUAUGGACCUCUUUGAUGACACACCACUGUUCAAUUUGGAUUCCCUGCCGGAGGAUGCCUUCUCCCAGGGCUCCUCAGACCCAGUUGAGGAGGCACUAAAGUUGGCCCUGGGCCAAGUUGACCCACAUACACCAGAUCCUGGUGUCCCGAUACUCGGUGAUGCUGUUUCAGAUCUAGAUUCAAUCCCAACACCUAUCGCAGCUCCCAUCCCUCUCCCAGUUCAGACUCUUCAGCCAGAGCAGCCCACACAGAUGUCCCAGGAUGUCUCCGUUGCUCCAGCUCAGAUUUCCGUUCAGGCAGUGUCUCAACCCUCUAUCUCAGUGGCCAGUAACAGCAGUGGGGCAGCAACAGUCCUGCUCAACUCUCCUCUAGGAGUACCUGUGUCAGGCUCUCAAGUCACCACCCAGCAGAUAUCUGCAGUUACACAACAGUCUCCAGGACAAUCGGCCCCCAAAAUCGUCAUUCUAAAGGGCCCUCAGGGUCAGACUCAAGUGCUGCAGGGUGUCACUGGAGCCACCGGAACUCCAGGGAAAGUCACCCUCACUAGAGUCCUGACAGGAACCCCUCUCAGGCCAGGGAUGGCAGUUGUUUCUGGAGGUACUGUAUUAAAUGCGACAUCUCCUGGUCAAGGGCAGGUGAAAAUGGGGUCUGGGGUCCAAAGGCUGGUUCAGACAACAAAUGGCCCAAUGAAGCAGGUGCUACUGACCUCACUGUCCCAGACACAGUCACAGGCGCAAACACAGCCUGUACAAGUGCAGAUACCUGCACAGACGCAGUUGACACAGGGUCAGCUGCAGUCACAAACUCAGCUGGCACAGAUACAGGUGCAGCCUCAAACACAGGUGUCCCUACAGACACCAGUACAGACACAGGCCCAAGCUUCAGCUGCUAUAGCCCCUGGAUCAACAGCAGCUGUCCGACCUCAAGGAGUGACCCUCUCUGCGGUGUCACAGCAGGGUGAAGCAAAGAGGAUCACGCUAGUGCUACAGCAGCCCUCCCAAGGUGGAUCUGGCCAGGCUGGGACAUUGACAAUAGGGGGAACUGCAGCUGUAGGUGCAGGUCAACAAGGCCAGCAGCCCAGGCUGGUGUUGGGCUCUUUGCCAGGGAAGUUGGUCCUGCAGGGAGGCCAGCUGGCUGCUCUUGCCCAAGCCAAGGCAGGUCAAACGGGGGCACAGCCAAAAGUGCUCACCAUUCAGCUACAAGUUCAACAGCAGCCCAACCAGCAGGGAGCCAAGUUUCAACUGGUUACUGGGGCAGCUAAUGCUGGUGGCAGCCCUCAAGUGUUGCAGAUUUCUCAAGGGCAAGGAGGACAAAGACUAGCAGUGCCUCUUAAACUACUGCUACAGCCACAGAAUGCCACUUCCAGUGCUGGUGGAGCUGUUUCUGUGGUGAAAGUUAUCAGUACCUCUGCUGCUAGUUCUGCGGCCAGCACCACCACUACAACGGUGUCUUCCGGUGUGCGUUUGGCAAAGGUCCAGGAGCCCAUGCGGAGAGUGGAAACCCUUUGCAAGCAGGAAAAGGCAAACCGUAUUGUUGCUGAGGCCAUUGCACGGGCCAAAGCCAGAGGCGAAAGGAACAUCCCACGAGUGCUCAACCAGGAUGAACUGCCUGCUGGACAGACCUCUGCAGACCUAGAGGGUGCCACAGGGGCUGCUGUAUCCAAAAAGAAAGGAGGAGGAGGUGGAAGUAGCAAGAAGAAAAGCCCAACUGCAGGAGGAGAGAAGAAAUCCAAGGCUAAGACUCCAGGAGUAGGUGGAAUGGUUGCUGGAGGUGGAGGCAGUAAAAGUAAAUCCAAGUCUAAACUCAACACCAUCACUCUAGUGGGUGGUAAGAAAAGGAAAAGAAAUGCAUCCUCUGACCACUCAGAUGUAGAUCUUAGCCCACCUGUUUCACCCCGCACCCUGGAGGAGGACAUGUCACAGAAGAGGCGCUCUAACCGUCAGGUGAAGAGGAAGAAGUACACAGAAGAUUUAGACAUUAAAAUCACAGAUGAUGAAGAUGAAAUAGAUGCAGACGUUGAUGUGACCACGACUGUCAUGUCUGCUGCAGGGCAUGUACAGUCAAUGGGAGCAGAACUCCAAAAGGAGCUAGAUGGGGACGGUCUUUCAAGCAUGCAGUUUUUUGUGGAAAACCCAAGUGAGGAGGAUGCUGCAAUUGUGGAUAAAAUUUUGUCUAUGCGAUUGACCAAAAAGGAGGUGUCUCCAGGGCUGUAUAUAAAUGUGGAGGAAUUCUUUGUGAAAUAUAAAAACUACUCGUACAUGCACUGUGAAUGGGCCAGUCUUGAACAGCUGGAGAGAGAUAAGAGGAUCAAUCAGAAGCUGAAGAGGUUCAAGACCAAGCAGGCACAAAUGAGGAACAUAUUUCAGGAGGAUGAGGAGCCCUUCAAUCCAGACUAUGUGGAGAUUGAUCGUAUCUUGGAUGAGUCACAUAGUGUCGAUAAGGACAAUGGGGAACCGGUUUUGUACUACCUGGUGAAGUGGUGCUCUCUACCCUAUGAAGACGCUACUUGGGAGCUCAAGGAGGAUGUUGAUGAAGCAAAAGUGGAAGAAUUUAGGAAGAUUGAAAGUCGCCAGCCACGCCUCAAGAGAACUCCUCGACCUCCUGCAAGUGCCUGGAAGAAGCUUGAUGAGUCAAGAGAGUAUAAGAAUGGGAACCAGCUCCGAGAGUACCAGCUGGAGGGAGUCAACUGGCUGCUCUUCAACUGGUACAACAGGCAAAACUGCAUCCUGGCUGAUGAGAUGGGUCUUGGCAAGACCAUUCAGUCCAUAGUCCUUCUGUCAGAGGUGUUUGCUGCAGGGGUCCAGGGCCCAUUCCUCAUAAUUGCCCCUCUGUCCACCAUCACAAACUGGGAAAGAGAGUUCUCCACCUGGACUGAUAUGAAUGCUAUUGUUUACCACGGCAGUCUGGCCAGCAGACAGAUGAUCCAGCAGUAUGAGAUGUACUGCAAAGAUGAUAAGGGACACUUGAUACCAGGGGCCUAUAAAUUUGAUGCUCUGAUCACAACCUUUGAGAUGAUUCUCUCUGACUGCCCAGAACUGAGGGAGAUUUCUUGGCGCUGUGUAGUUAUUGAUGAAGCUCAUCGAUUGAAGAACAGAAACUGCAAGCUCCUCGACAGCCUCAAGAUGCUUGACGUUGAGCAUAAAGUGUUACUGACAGGCACCCCACUGCAAAACACAGUAGAGGAACUGUUCAGUCUGUUGCAUUUUCUGGAACCGGCCCAAUUUCCCUCUGAGACUGAGUUUUUACGCGAGUUUGGAGAUCUUAAAACAGAAGAGCAGGUCCAGAAACUGCAGUCUAUUUUGAAGCCCAUGAUGCUGCGUAGGCUGAAGGAGGACGUAGAAAAGAACCUCGCCCCAAAACAGGAGACUAUCAUUGAGGUGGAGUUGACUGAUGUACAGAAGAAGUAUUACCGUGCUAUUCUAGAGCGUAACUUUAGUUUCCUCAGCAUGGGAGCCACACACAACAGCAAUGUACCCAAUCUCCUCAACACUAUGAUGGAGCUUCGGAAGUGCUGCAACCACCCUUACCUCAUUACAGGUGCUGAGGAGAAGAUAGUGGCUGAGCUGAGGGAGGUGUAUGAUCCUCUGGCUCCAGACUUCCAUCUCCAGGCUCUGGUGCGCUCGGCAGGAAAACUGGUCUUGCUGGAUAAGCUGCUUCCUCGCCUCAAGGCUGGAGGGCACAAGGUGCUCAUCUUCUCCCAGAUGGUGCGCUGCCUCGACAUCCUUGAGGACUACCUCAUACACAAGAGAUACCUGUACGAGCGAAUCGAUGGGCGGGUCAGAGGAAACCUGCGACAGGCAGCCAUUGAUCGUUUUAGUAAACCGGAUUCAGACCGGUUCGUCUUCCUGCUUUGUACCCGUGCUGGAGGGUUGGGCAUUAAUCUGACUGCUGCUGACACCUGUGUCAUAUUUGACUCUGACUGGAACCCACAGAAUGAUCUUCAGGCUCAGGCACGUUGUCAUCGUAUUGGUCAGUCUAAAGCAGUGAAGGUGUACCGUCUCAUUACCAGAAACUCUUAUGAGAGAGAGAUGCUGGAUAAGGCCAGUCUUAAACUGGGGCUUGAUCGAGCUGUUCUGCAAAGCAUGAGUGGGAACAAGGAAAGUAAUGUCAAUGGGAUCCAACAGUUCUCCAAAAAGGAGAUUGAGGAUUUACUUCGUAAAGGUGCCUAUGCGGCCAUAAUGGAUGAGAAUGAUGAGGGCAGUCGUUUCUGUGAAGAGGACAUCGACCAGAUCCUUCAGAGAAGGGCAACCACCAUCACUAUAGAGAGUGAAGGCAAAGGAUCCACUUUCUCCAAGGCCAGCUUUGUGGCAUCUGAGAACCGCACAGAUAUUGCUCUGGAUGAUCCUGAGUUCUGGCAAAAGUGGGCCAAGAAAGCAGACAUAGACAUGGAUACUCUCAACAGGAAGAAUACUCUUGUGAUUGACACACCCAGAGUGAGAAAGCAGACACGUCAGUUUUCCAGUCUGCGUGGAGAAGGUGGCGAUCUGUCUGACUUGGACAGUGACGACGACUACCCACCCCAUAGUUCUCGCCAAUCCCGGGCCUCUCGACGUUCAGAUCGGCAUUCUGGUGUAGGAUAUGGACGCACGGACUGCUUUAGAGUGGAGAAACAUCUACUUGUUUAUGGGUGGGGGCGCUGGCGGGAUAUCCUGUCUCAUGCUCGGUGUAAGCGGCGUCUCAGUGAGCGGGACGUGGAGACCAUCUGCCGUGUCAUCCUGGUAUUCUGUCUGAUUCAUUACCGUGGAGACGAGAACAUCAAGAGCUUCAUCUGGGAGCUAAUCACCCCGCCGGAGAAUGGACGAGAACCACAAGCUCUGCUUAAUCACUCUGGUCUGUCCAUCCCUGUACCUCGUGGCAGGAAGGGCAAACGAGUGAAGGCUCAGAGCUCUUUUGAUGUGCAGAAAGUCGAGUGGAUCCGCAAGUACAAUCCUGACAGUCUGCUGCUUGAUGACAGUUACCGCAAGCACCUCAAACACCAGUGCAACAAAGUGUUGUUGAGAGUACGAAUGCUGUACUACCUGAAGCAGGAAGUCAUUGGAGAACAUGCUGAUUCUGUAUUGAGAGGAGCCGAUGCAAGGGAUAUUGAUAUCUGGUUGCCUGAAAUGGAGCAGCAGGAUGUUCCAUCUGGCUGGUGGGACGCAGAAGCCGACCGAUGCUUGCUUAUCGGGGUCUAUAAGCAUGGAUAUGAGAUGUACACCACCAUGCGUGCCGACCCCUGCUUGUGUUUUGUUGAGCAAUGUGGGCGCCCAAAUGAACAGGACAUUAAUGCAGAGCAGCAAGCAGCAGAUCCAGAGCUUGGGGAUGGAGGGGACUACGACAAGUACUCUGAAGAUCCAGAAUUCAAACCUGCAUCGAGACACACCAAGGAAGUAUAUGAGGAGGCUGAUUCUGUGAAUGCAGACAGUGAGAUUUGUGUGGAGGAUCGCUCUGCACCUGUGCAGGUUGAGGGUCUGUCCUCAGGAUCUUCAGAUUUGUGUUAUUGGCCAACAAGUUCGUCACUCACUGCUCGACUACGUCGACUCAUCACAGCAUAUCAGCGCACUUACAGACGAGAACAACUUAAGAUGGAGGCUGCAGAGAAGGGUGACCGCAGACGUAGACGCUGCGAACAAGCCACUAAACUUAAAGAGAUUGCCCGACAAGAACGUCAACAAAGGUGGACUCGUAGGGAGGAGUGCGAUUUUUACAGGGUGGUAUCGACCUUUGGAGUGGAGAGAAUAAAGAAGGAAACAGAGGCUCCUGAAGAAGAUGAGCAUAACAUGGACUGGACUCGUUUCCGUUCUUUCGCUCGACUUGAGAAGAAAACCGAUGAGAGCUUGUCACGUUACUUCAAAUGCUUCAUGUCCAUGUGUCGGAAGGUGUGUCACCUUCGGCCGGCACGUGGAGAAGAAUCUCAAGAUUUGUCCCAGUCCCUGGCCCCCAUCACAGAAGAGCGAGCUUCUCGUACACUCUAUAGGGUCAGCUUGAUGUGUCGACUGCGUGAGUGUGUUCUUCCACAUCCAUCGAUGGAGGAACGCCUCCCUCUGGCACCAUCCACCUCUGACCUGCCCAGCUGGUGGAGCAUCCCACAGCACGAUCACGAGCUGCUCUUAGCUGCUGCCAGACAUGGCGUCAGCCGCACUGAACUUUCUAUAUUUUCCGACCCACAGUACUCUUUUAGCCAGGCCCGCCUUGACUACCUCCAGAACCAGCAAGUUCAAGCAGCCUUGCAGACUCAUACAUUCAGCCAAUCACAGGAGCCGGCCAGUAUCAAAGCGGAGGGGCUAGACGAUGAGUCUCGGCUGCUGGGGGUGGAGACCCUCUGUCAGUCAGGCACUCCGGCCACGCCCCUCUUACACUCUGAAGGAAAACUUGGAGGGCAACCUGGCUGGGACUGGAAGAAGAGCAAACACAGUGGUUCCAGCGGAAGUGGGAGAAAAGGGGGAGGAGAGAGAGGUGAAGGGCCAUCAGACUCUGAAUCUGAUUCAGACUCUGGCUCGUCUUCCUCCUCCCGUCAUUCUGGCAGCUCAGAUGACAGUGGAGACAGUGAUGCAGAGAGAGAACAAACAGCAGCUCUCAGGCUGUGUGAUGGUGAUGAAGAAAACAGCAUCCUCUCAUUCACACCAUCCCAAGAAGGUGGCCCACGAGAGUCCCUUACUGACCCUCUCAGAGUUGAUUGGCCCAAGGAUCGAGUGCUGAUAAACCGAAUAGAUAAUCUCUGUUCACUGGUUCUGACGGGACAUUGGCCAUCAGGGCGCCGCUAUGUGUCUGACGUACAUCUUAAUGUGCCAUCUGAAGAACUUGACCUUGGAGAUGACCUGGGUUUCCCCCGAGUGCCACGCAAAAGCAACAGUGUCCUAUCUGCAGAAGCUGUUGAAGGCCAAGAUACAGAGUUCACAGUAAAACUCCUGAAGGAGGAGGGACUGAAGCUGACAUUCUCUAAGCAGGCUCUGAUGCCAAAUGGGGAAGGGAGUGGCCGCAAGAAACGUAAGGACCAUGAGCUGGUAGAUGAAGAGGGAGUUCUCCAUGCUCCCCGCAGGAGGGACCUUCCCAACUGGCUCAAAGAAAAUCCAGAUUAUGAGGUGGAGGGAGACAUGUUAGAGCUACUGGCGAACCGGACCAAAAGGAAGAGGAGGAGGAAGAGGGUGG